CAGACAAAGGCGGGGACGGCAAGCGAGGGAAAGACAAAGCGCAGAGGGGGGUCGGCGGCGGCAGCGGGGCCCCAGAGGCGGCUCCGGGCGCGGCGGAGCCAAUGGGCGGGCGCGGGGCGGGGGCCUGCGGGGGCGGUGCCGCGAUAAGGCGGCGGCGGCGGCUGCCGCUCGGGGACCACUGGCAGAGGCGGUGGCUUGCGCCCGCGCCCUCCUCCCAGUCGAGGCGUCCCCCGGAGACCGACCCCCGCCGCGCGGCCCAGGCCGGGCCCGAACCCAGCGGGUGCCGCGUCUGCACUCGGGGCCUCCACCAUCUCCAACGAGCCAUGUUCCCGGCUGCAGGAACCGCCCAGGCCACCCCCUCUCAUGAAGCCAAAGGUGGCGGUGGCGGCAGCACUGUGCAGCGCUCCAAGUCCUUCAGCCUACGGGCCCAGGUGAAGGAGACCUGUGCCGCUUGCCAGAAGACUGUGUACCCCAUGGAGCGGCUUGUGGCAGACAAACUCAUCUUCCACAACACCUGCUUCUGCUGCAAGCACUGUCACACCAAGCUCAGCCUGGGCAGCUACGCGGCGCUGCACGGAGAGUUUUAUUGCAAACCCCACUUUCAGCAGCUGUUUAAGAGCAAAGGCAACUACGAUGAAGGGUUCGGCCGCAAGCAGCACAAGGAGCUCUGGGCCCACAAGGAGGUGGACCCUGGCACCAAGACGGCUUGAGGCCCCUCUGACCUUCCGUUUCCUCGGCAGGCCGGGGCGGGCAGAGGGCUGGGUGGGAAGGAGGCUGGGUCUGGGCUUGGGCGGGGGCGGAGUGGGGAGAGGCGCGGCUUGCUCAGGCAGAGGGUCUCGGGGCAGGGCCCCCGCUCCAGGACUCCUUCCCUCUCCCCCAGGGUUGGCGGUUUGGAAUCAGGAUUGGGGUUUGUUCACCACCCUGCUUCCUGCAGCUUUCCACCCCAGCUUCCCUAUCUAGGUGCCUUUUCUCCAACAGGGAGUCAGCAUGCCCCCCUCAGGGUCCCAAGCUCCCUCACUGCCACCCUGGCGGGGCCAUAUGUGGCCCCCAUGUCUCCCCAUCUACCUCUGCCCUUAGCCUGGUCCUGAGCCACAGAGACAGGGAGCAAAGAGGGUGCCACCUGUUGGGCCUGAUGAAUGCUGCUGCAAAUUACCCGGGAGGGUAUGGGGAGGUGGAGCCACCCUGCCCCUGCAAAGCAGGGCCUGUCCCAGACGGGCUUGGGACCAUCUCGAACCACUGGCAUCCAUUGAAAAGCGGAAGUAAAGCACCCACCAGGCUGAGUGCCCCAGAGACUGGCAGCAGGGCUGGCCAUGGCCCUCGGCUUCCCUGUUUCUGCCCAUCCGUUGUGAUCAACCUCGUUUUAAAUACGUUUAAACAGUU